UGGCCGAAAAGUGUCAUCCGAAGCCCCGGAGAUUGACCUAGACGCUAUUUAUAACAAUAGCGUGUGCUAGAGGUAGCGAAACAGUUAACAAUUGAGCUGUGGACGCAAGGAUCUCCUGAAGCUGCUGUCUGAUACGUUGCUUCGUUACUUUUCUAAUCAGCAAAUUAUUCAAGGUUGGGAACGAACAUGAAUUCUACGGCUAAUGGAAGUGAAACGCGAGUCUUUGAUCCGAAAAAUAUCGCGUAUAUAGUUAUCGCACUGUUGAUUGUGGUAUUUAAUGGUUUUGUAAUAUAUAUUGUGAAAAAUCGAAAAACACCACGUAGUAUUGGGAGCAGUGAGAAUAGCAUUUUGACAAGCUUAGCUGCAAGCGACUUUUCAUCUGGUGCUAUUGGCAUUCCUUUAACGUUUGCGUGUACUUACGCUCCUCCCAGUUAUUGUCCAAUGUGUUCCAUAAGUUACGACUUCAUAAAAUUUGUGUCCAUUUCCACAGUUCUUCAUAUUUUGCUCUUAUUAGAGAGAAGUCUUACAGUGGCUCACCCGCUUCGCCAAAGAAGCAAGAAAGCCAACAUUGUAUUGAUAACAGGGAUUUGGCUGUGUAGUCUGUUUAUAUCUAGUGUUCCCUGGGUUUGGAUUGUUGGAGUCCACGGCGUUUGUUCUAAUAAAGGAUUUGAGGAAACGUGGAAUCCAUACAUCGUACACGAAAGUGUUUGUUUUCUGCUGUUUUUUGUCAUUCCGCUGCUCUUUAUUAGCAUAUUUCUGGGAAGAAUCGCAAUAGCCGUACAUCAUUUCACAAAACGGUCUUGCAGUAUGCGCAGCUUUAAAAGCGUCAAUGAACAAGCUCGAUUUCGCAAUAACGAAGUGAGAAUUUUCUUCCUAUUGCUUGGCAUAUUUCUCCUUUUUGUCGUGUGCUGGACACCGUACUUCGUGUUGACGCUGUUAUCUAUUCAUGAUGUUCACAUCGAUGUCCCUGACUGGCUUGAGUUUGCCGUGCAAUUCUCACGUUGUGUAACAAGCUUUCUAAAUCCAUUCAUCUAUGCCUUUUAUCGAGAGGACAUUUAUCAAGUCAUAAAAAGAAAACUGCGUCGCUUGGAUUUUUCUUCUAGUGUCUCUCGAGAAGAUACAUCUGUCUUCCGUCGUCAAAAGCCACUCAAGUAA